AUGAAGAGCCACAGCAGGCGAUUCACUGGCGGGCUGGCACUCCUGGGUGGCCUGCUGGUCUUGCUGCUGUGCGGCUCCUUCGCCGUGGCACAGGAGCCGCGCGUGGACGAGCAACCCACGCAGACCAAGAAUGAGCUUGCCAUCUACGUUCCCAAUCCAUUCCGCGAGAAAACCCCACUCAAUCCUCUCGAUCUCAUCUUUGGAGCAGAGGAGAAGCAACACACAAAGACGGCUGAAGAUGGCACAUGGCACGUCGAUACCGACCUGCUGUGGGAGGUGAGCCUCAGCGGACCCUCGCGCUCCACGCCCAGCAUCGUCGACCUCUACCGCGAUGGCACGAAGCAGGUGCUAGUGAGCGCCGCAUUCAACCACGGCGGCACUGGUCCCGUUUUCAUGGCCAUGCACGACAUUUCCGGCGACGGUCGUGAGGAGGUGGUGACGGUGGGCGAGGACGGGAACAUUCGGGUGUGGCACGAGAGCGGGUGGUCCCUCGCCUAUCCGCCGUUCGAGAUCCCGCACCUGCCCGUCCCGCGCGGCUGGUUCGACGGCCUCGAGUCCCGCAACGUGCUGCCCUCGCUCUCGCUCUACGUGCGCGACCCCGACCGGGCCGCGAAGAAGGUCCACCAGAUCAGCCGCGACUUCGCCACGGGGCUGGGCAUCGGCCUCGACCAGCCGCCCGGCGCGCCGCUCCCGCCCAACCCGCCGGUGCCCAACAUCGGCUCGCCGCCCAGAACAACCUCGCCCGUACCGCAGAGCUCGCCCGGCGCGAGCGCCGUGGAGGCGGAGAAGGAGCCCGAAGACGCCGUAUGGAAGGGAUUCGAGGGCUGGCUACCUGCCGCUGGCAUCAAGAGCCUCGACCUGUUCCUUCCAGUGGACAAGGAGAACAUGAUGGGCGAGCAGCGACUCAAUCGCGUCCGGCCGGCCAAGAAGUUCGCCAUCCCCGAGCCCGACGACAACGUCGUAGUGCUCGACCCGCACGUCCUCGCCGAACCCGUCGUACGCGAUGUCGAUGGUGACGGCCUCGACGACCUCGUGGUCGCCGUGUCCUAUUACCUCUACGCCGCGCGGGCCGAGGAGCAGGGCGCCGACGACAGCAAAUACGCGUCCAGCGGAGUUGUGUGUUUCAACCUCCCCAAUGGCACCCUCAAGUGGCACACCCCGCUCGACCUCUCUUUCGCCGACCGCGCCUACUCUCCCUACCUCACACGGCGCAACCACCACCAGAUCUACGAGUCGCCGAGCGUGGGCGACAUCGAGGGCGACGGCAACGUCGAGAUUCUGGUGGGCACCGGCCUGGGCGUGCUGUACCUGCUCGAGGGCAAGACGGGCAAGGUGAGGGACGACGAUCAGUUCCCGAUCUCCAUGGACAGCAUCCACGGCCGCGUGGCCAUGCACGACGUGGACGGCAACGGCAAGCUCGACAUCAUCGCCAACGACAUCAACGGCAACUUGGCCGUCUUCGACCACCAGGGCAAGGAGCUGUGGAGCGCCCAAUUCACCCCAUCAUCUCAUGUGGGUCCGUCGGUGGGCGACAUUGACGGUGAUGGCCAAAUCGAUAUCGUGCUGGCCACCGAGCUCGGACAUGUGUGGGCCUGGAACGCCAAGACGGGCAAGGUGUUGAAGAAUUUCCCGAUGCGGCUGGAGGCGGGCAUCCACGACCGCCCGCUGUUGCUCCCGCGGACGAGGGACGCCGACGACGGCCUUUUGAUCAUCGUCACGGGCGACAACGGCAUCCUCUACCUCAUCCACCCGCUCACCCCGGCCAUCGAGCGCAUCGACAUCGGCCACUACUCGCUGGGCAUGGUGCUGGCCGACGACCUGCUGGGCAACGGUGAGGUCCACUUGGUGGUGGCCACCACCUCAGGCCGCCUGCUCGCCCUCACAACCUCGCUUCCGCUGCUGCCUCUCGCCGCGGUGCGAGGCAACGGGCAGGGCCGCAUGGGUGGCGAGUACGGCAUCUACGUGGAGGGCGAGAGGUAUCGCCAGGUCACCGGUCGCACUUUCACCGUGCCCUUCCGCAUCAUCGACAACGCAGAGACGCCGCUCGCCCCUUACCAUCUCACCUUCUACGUGGGCGGUAAGAAGGUGCUGGAGACGACCUACGCGGAUCCGGGCGCUUACUCAGUCGCUCUGGACGUGCCAGCCACGGUGAGCAACUCCAUCGGAGUGGAACUGGUGGGCAUGAACAAGGUGAGCGAGGAGUGGCACGACAGCUUCACUAUCCAGUGCAACGCCAACUUCGCGCGAACACUCAAGUGGUUUAUUGUGGGACCCUUCCUGCUGAGCGCGGCGACGCUCUUCUACCAGUACGGUCUGCCCGGAGCGCCGGGCGUAGCCAAGACCAGAUCGUCGCGGUCAUGA